AUGAGAGCCACACUCCUAGCUUUUCUUCUGCUCAAAUCUCUUCUGGCUUCGCCCCUGCCCGAUGAAGGCAAAGGAUAUCAAGAAAUCGAACGAUUCAUCGAGAUCCUCGAAGCGGUCCGCGAACGACAUCCUGACACAGAUAAAGUCACCUACGAACGACUCGUCAAUCACGCCCUCGAAGGCAUGCUCUCCUCCCUCGAUCCCCGUUCUGCCUUCUAUCACCCAGACGCUGCUCAGGCGCUCAAAGCCAGCGAGCUCAAUCCCACCGUCGAUUCCUUAGGUCUCACCCUAAGCUCUCGCCAAGCAGGACAGGUCUCCAUUCUCAAUGUCAUCAAACAUUCAUCUGCAGAAAAAGCCGGCCUCUCAGCGGGCGAUGUCCUUUUGAGUAUCGAUCAGGUAAAAACCACCACCCUCAUUGAUUCCUUAAAACUCUUAGAUCGAUUGCCGGGUCAAAAAGUAACCCUCCAACUCCGCAAAGAGAACGCAUUACUUCCCUACGAAGUCGAACUCGUUCACAAGGUCAUCCACAGUCAGCCCGUGAGCGAAGCCACUCUCUUGGCCGACAAAACAACGGGGUUCAUCCGCCUCAAUCAAUUCACCAACACCGCGGCACACGAUCUCGAAGCCGCCUUAGAUGAUCUUGAAGAUCAAGGCAUGAAAACACUCAUUCUCGACCUCCGCGGCAACCCCGGUGGCCUCCUCGAAGUCUGCACAAAAAUCAUCGGACUCUUCGUCCCGCCCAACACCGUGGUUGUCACAACCCGAGGACGCGAUUUAGAAGAAAAACUCAAAACUCCCGCACGCCAGCGCAAAAAACGAAGUUAUCCGCUCGUCGUCUUAAUCGACCGAGACUCCGCCUCAGCUUCCGAACUCACCGCCGGCGCCCUGCAAGAUCUGAAACGCGCCACCAUCAUCGGAGAAACCUCCUACGGAAAAGGCUCUGUGCAAAACAUCAUCCCUAUGGCGAGCGGCACCGCCCUGCGUCUGACCAUCGCCAAAUACCACACGCCCUCAGGCAAAACUCCGCACCUCGUCGGAGUCACUCCAGAUCGCGCCAUCACUCCCACUGACACAGAUCGCAAAAACUUCGAGCUCUGGCUUCAACGCCAAACUAUCAACCCUCAUUUCACUCAACAACUCAAAUCCUGGAACGACCCCUGGAUGGCGGAAGCCACCAAAUCUCUCGCCACCACAAAGUAA